GCCAUAAUUCUUCCUUUUGUUCUCUUCCUAAUGCAACCAACCACGUAAACCCACGGACCUCCACCCAUCGAACCCUCAUCCACUUUUUCUAGCCACCUUUAGCCCCCCAUGCUAACACACCACUCCAUUCCACAACUCCGGUGCACCGGCUCGGACACCGCAGCCGGAUUACGGGCCGCAAGAGCCAUGCACACCUUGUGGGCUUCGUUGAGAGGGAAAGUGUACUGCAGAGGCAAGCGAACGGAUGUGAUUCUGGGCACGGAAAGACCCGUCUUGGCUAGAACCUGCAUUCAUCGAAAACACUCGGAAGAACUCAACCAAAACCCGAGGAACUGGUUUUACGGGAACACAGUACUCGAGAUCGGCGACCCGUCAAGAAACAUCAUCGAAAAGAUCUUCAACGCGACAACCACCGACACCAGAAGGGGUUCGAUAACUAUAAAACAAGUCCUCAAGCUUAAAAAUUCAUCAGAAACUCUAGAAAGAUUCGAAAAGUUCAGAGAAGACGUCAAGAACCGAGCUUUAAAGCAUUGUAACAAGAAUCCAAGAAACACGGUGGAUGGUAACGAACAGUUACUGUUCUACGGCAUAAACCUCACAUGUUGCAAGCAAUCCGAACCAUCUGGUUUCUGUAAAAACUCGAAUUGCAGCAUCUGCAGUGCAAUUCAAUCAGGUUUCUACACUGCAAGAAAGAAAACUGGAAUAUGGUUGAGCACAAGUUGUCAAGAUAUUAUCAACAUGAAUGUGGAUUCACAUGUGAAUAAUGUGAAGAUGGCGAUUAUGGUUUGUAGAGCGAUUGCUGGAAGAGUUGUGAAUAUGUUCGAUAAGAGCUAUGAAGGUGAUUAUGAUUCUAUCGCCGCAGUGAAACCUGAUCGCGUGUUUGUAAAGAACCCGAGUGCGGUAUUACCUUGCUUCGUGAUCGUCUUAAAUUGCAGGUAUUUCGGGUAAUAAUCCGAGCGAAAACUUUCGAUCUUGAUAGAUACCGGCUACUGAAAUAUCUGUAUAAAGAUUAAGUUGUAGAGUGUUAAUAAAUUUCCGUCACGGUUAGUUGAUUCGAAGGUUAUUGAAUCAGUCUGCCAUAUGAUCUCUUGCGAUAGAGUGUCAUUGCUGU